AGAUCAUCUACCGAACUGUUCAAGAUGGCCACCACUACGGACACGCCUUCCCUGCAAAAUAAGCUCACAAAAAGCAAUCCUCUGUCCCGCAAGCUGAGCAAGACGCUGGACAUUUCACUAGAGGACCCCGAGACUCAAGAGGCAUUGGUGGCUCUAUCGGAAUUUUACAAGCAUAAUACUCUGACGGCGCGUCGAAAUUUGCGCGGUGACCUUGAGCGUAGAGUCAUGGCGACAAAUGAGAGGUUUUUGGACGCUUUCGACGUGGUAGCACAGCGCGUGCGGGCCAUGGAAGCGGAGAUGAAGUACAUGAACGAUUGUUGUUCAGAAAUGGAAGAGAGGCUGCGAUCGACGAGCAAUGAAACAGCACAUCUAAUGAAACAAACCCACGAGCUCAAGGAAGAAAGCAAGCGCUGUACAGUUCGAAAGGCGAUAGCAGACGUUUUCCUUGCAAGAUUCACUCUGUCCGAUGCCGAAUUGUUCACUCUCACUUCCCCAAAUCAAUAUGUGGGAGCUGAAUUCUUUAAUGCAUUGAAGCAUCUUCAGAAGAUCAGUGACGACUGCAAAGCGCUUCUUGUCACCGAACAUCAAGAAGCGGGCUUGGAGAUAAUGGAAAGGAUGGCUUCGUAUCAGGAAACCGCGUUUGACAAACUCUUUCGAUGGGCACAAUUUGAAUGUCGAUCAUUGAACCGAGACUCACCAGAAGUCACGCAAGCACUGCGGGACGCAAUGCGGGCCCUCAAGGAGCGACCUGUUUUAUUCCAAACUUGCACAGACGAGAUUUCCAAUAUUCGCAGCUCAGCAAUGGUGCGAUCCUUUCUGGAUGCAUUGACUCGCGGGGGACCUGGUGGCUUCCCUAGACCUAUCGAACUUCAUGCCCCUGACCCUUUGCGCUACGUGGGUGAUAUGCUCGCGUGGCUACAUCAAGCAUCUACAGAGGAGCGGGAAAUACUUGAGGCGGUGUUCGACGUCAAAGCUACAGGCCAGCGAGCACAACUCAAAAAGAACUCUGCUGUGGGCGAUGCUUCCGCGAUUAGCAGUCUAUCUUCCGUCGAUGACGAAGCGAUUGCUCGUGUACUUGACAGGAAUAUGGAGGGUACUUGCCGCCCUCUUAAGGCCCGGAUUGAGCAAGUUCUUGCGUCACAGUCCGACUCCAUUGUCGCGUACCGCAUUGCAAACCUUGUCAAAUUUUACGAAGGCAUGAUAAUAAAAGUUCUCGGCCCUACUGCUCAACUAUCUCGGACCAUUCACGAUAUCACAGAAAUUGCAAACAAAACUUUCUUUGAGACCCUCAACGCGAAUGCAUCUCAGCUACUUCGCUUUGUACAAACUCCUGGAGCCGACCUUCUGCCACCACCAGCAGUCCGAGAAACCGUUCUGCAACUGAGGGAGAUCAUGGCCAUAUAUGAUGAAUCCCUCGUGGGAUCCGAACAGAAGGAGGAAGAUUUCGCUGAUAUACUGACGGCGCUCCUGGAUCCAUUGUCGCAAAUGUGUGUCCUCGGUGCAGCAAGCUUGCCUUCGAUUGAAAAUGCCAUCUACAUCAUCAAUUGCUUACACCAUAUACAGGCAGCGUUGAAUUUGUAUCCAUUUACAAAAAUCCGGGUUGACGACAUAGAAGCGCAAGUCGACGCGCAAGUGGACGUGUUGGUAAACGAAGAGUUCGCGAGCGUGUUGAAACAAUCAGGACUAUUGCCCCUUACACAUGCUGAAGCGGCAGAUAUCACGGCUCCCAUGCUUCAAGAAGCAAUGGCACAGCUUGAUGCUUUCCUGUACGGUGCCACAAUGGAGAUAUCAUCCUCGCUUGCAAAACUAAGUCGGAGAAAGCUGGCUGCACGUGUAACACAACGAGCGUUUCGCAUGUUUGUUGAAGCAUAUCGAGAAGUGUACACAAAAGUCACCGAUCCAGCCAUUAAGCAUGAUCCACCAUUACCGACACCUCGUACAGUGGACGAGGUUGAGACACUAUUGUCGCUGGAACAGGACGAUUCUUCAACACCCUAACAGCGGCAAUAAUUCCUUUUACGUCAACCUGAGUCAACAAUCCCCAAGCCAUGUCUGCUUGACUUGCGACUCUCUGCGACUCUCUACCAGGGCACCCAACGCUUUUAUUAUUAUGUAGUCUACUAUACCCUAAGUAAGAGCUCAAGCAUCCGAUCCUUCAUGGAGCUGGGAUUCGCAGAGACUGUAACGUCUUUUUCAUGUGGGAGGGCAAUGGCGCUUUCACCUCCAAGUCCGCGCCUGUGCCAUACCAGUCCUGGAUAAACAAAUUGUAAAAAAGAUAUUCAUACAGAGAUUCGACUUUAGGGAUGUCUCCCACCC